AAAUGGAAUAGUCAUGAACUUUAUUCUUCUUUAAAAAAUCAGCAUGAUUAAACCAACUAUUUCGAGCUUCUGUCUCUUUUCCCUUGCUUCAGCGGGUAACCAGCAUGUUCUUGGGUGGGAUGUGUUUGGCGCAAUGUCAUAUGGCCCUCCAUCAUUCGAUUCACUAAUCGGAUGGGAAUCCCCAAUCGAAUCUGUCUCCGAUUCAAAAUGUCGCGCGCUACACAAUGGUUCGGAUUUUGUCCGAGUUUAUUCUUCGCCAGAGUUUGCGCAUGGGCGUGGCAUCUCUAUUGUCACAACGGCUGAAGACAUGGCGCAAAUACAAGAGCUGCCAGCGUUUUCAAAGCGCGACAUCUAUACCAAGUACAACAUAAAUAAGCAGGUUGCUCAACCGUUUGAAGAGAGGGAGCUUCCAGGUCGAGGAAAGGGGCUGAUUGCGAACAAAACUCUCCAUCGUGGAGACCGCAUCUUCGCCCACACACCAAUCUUGAUCUUUCAUGAGGAUGCUUCGGCUACGCUAGAUGAAGAUUACUGGGCAGAUGUGGAAAGUUGUGCUGUAGGAACAUUGCCUCCUACUUCAAAUAAAUUGUUCUGGCAACUAUUCGGUCAGCCAAGCCAUGGCCCAGCUGGUGGUCGGAUCAACACCAACGCGUUUGCUAUUGAUAUCGAGGAUACCGAGCACUAUGCAGUGUUCCCCGAGAUUGCACGACUCAAUCACGACUGCCGCCCCAACGCGGCAUACUUCUUCGACGAAGAUACACUUACCCACUACGUCCACGCCAUAACAGACAUUGCUAUCGGCACUGAGCUUACAAUUACAUACAUUGAUCCUCAUCUGCCGCGCAAACAGCGCCAGGAAGCCCUUUCUUCAACCUGGGGUUUUACUUGCUCGUGCAGCCUUUGCACUGCAGAUCGCCGUUUGGCGCGCCUGUCCGACUCUCGUCUUGCGCAGAUUGAAGAAAUCACCGGCUAUUUUGAAGAAGAUGAGAUUGGUUCGUCAGAUAUGGCGCUGGCACUUCUUCAAUUAUAUGAACAGGAGAGGCUGUAUGCUCCCAUGGGCGAGGCGCAUAUGCAUGCUGCCCGUGCUUUCUGUGCUGAAGGCAACCGCUGGAGAGCAAUCAGCCAUGCACGUCUGGCUGUGGAGAUUGGUAGCUUAGACAACGGGUUUCACGAUGAAGAUGUUCUUAUGAUGAAGCGCUUGGCAAAGGCUCCAGAGAAGCAAGAGUGCUGGCCGCGAAAGAUAGCUAGCAAGGCCAAGCAAGAAGACAAAUGA